AGCCGGCGCUCCUCUGGUCUUGUUUUGCCGAUCCUUACACUCAGCCCUCCGCCCUCGUCUUCAUUGGGUGCCAAGGUCCGGCUUGCAUUCUCUCCUCCAGUGCCGCACGACGAUGACUCGCGCUAAGACACUGCCGCCGACCCAUUUUGGAUUCCGCGGCACUCACCACUCACUUGCUCUUCGUUCACCGCACCUUGGUUGCCCUGCACCCGUGUUGUCGCUCCUUGAUCGCCGCUUCAACGCAAUUCAGUAGUGCUGACGUAUGCGCAAGAAGGAAAAAAGAAGGAUUAGAGGCCGCAAGCCACGCGCGAUCGAGUCAGUCAGUAGCAUCGUCGAUGUCGUCUUUGUGCGGCGAGAGCGUCGUUGCUGCCAAGAAAGAGACGCUCGACGCUCAAUGUCGAGUGGGUCGCAUUGCAGCACAGCACGCAGGGCGGGGUCGGGUGAUGGGGGAGAGAGACGACGACGAAGAGCGCGUGUGGGCUGCAAUUCCGAAUCGAAAUCUGGCAGUCAGCUCAGGCAGGCUGGGACCGGGCGAGCUCAUCUCGUUCCUGGAGGUAGGGCAGAACCAGAGCAGAGGUUACAGAGCGGUCAGAGCGGCGAGCGGCGAAGCGGCGCGGGGCUAUUUCCCCACGGGGAGCGGGAGCGAGACGUGAGGGGGUGGCUCGUCUCACGACCCUCCUCGCCGCUGGCUCACUCACUACCUCAAUCCCCCUGGCACUGCCUUUUUGUCAUCACGGCGACCAAUCGAGAGCAAGAAGGAGCAGAUAGGAGGUCCACAACGGCAGCUAGUCAACGGCGAUUCGGCAGGCUCGCGAGCACCCAUCGGCCAAGAGGCGCCAACGCAAUGCAAGCGUGGGAAAACAAAGAAAGCGGACACUUCAAUCGCGCUAGUCGUGUGUAGUCUCAGCCAUAUUGGAAUGAAUAAUACCAUGAAGCAGGAGGUGAGCUGGGUGUGAGG